UUGCAAAGCCUCCGCUGGAAACUUCGAAUCCUGCUCGCCUCGCCAACGGUAAAAGCAGGAAGGGGUGCCGUAAAAAUUCCCCAAUCUUCACCCACAUCCACCCCGGAAUCGAAGGCCGCAAUCGCAACCGCCCUUCACCGUUUCCCCGGAUUCCGCCGCCUAUUCAAACCCCGUCCCCCAGCCCAAACCCUUUCCCCGUUCCCUCCCUCCCGUUCUGCCGCCACCACCAUGGCCGCCGCCUCCUCCAGCGGCGGCGCGGGCGGCGACGGCGAGCCCUACCUCCUGGGCUUCAUCGUCACCAAGAUCGUCGGCAUGCGCCACUACUCCGCCAGGGUCGCCGGCCGCGAGAGCGUCGACCUGGUCCGGGAGCCACUGAACACGUACGACGGGAACGCCAUCGCCGUCAAAAAUGCCCGCAACGAGAAGGUCGGCCACCUCCCCGCCCCCGUCGCCAAGGCGCUCGCCCCGCUCCUCGACUCCCACAUCCUCACCGCGGCGCACGGCAUCGUGCCCCGCUCCGACUCCAAGAUCAACCGCAACGCCUACAGCCUCCCCUGCCAGGUCCACCUCUUCGCGGGCCCCGCCGCCGCCGCCGUCGUCGAGGCCGCGCUCGAAGAGGCCGAGCUCGACCUCAUCCACGCCGACCACCCCGAGUUCUUCCUCUCCCAAUCCGCCGCGGUCAUGGAGCGGACCAAGAAGGCCGACCGGGACGUCGACAAGCUCUUCUCUCUCGUGGGGGGAAAGGAAGGGAAGGUUCAGAUUCUGCCGAUGGAGGCGCCGGGUGAUGUUGUGCUAUCGGAGCUGUUCGACCAUCAGAAGGAGGCGCUGGGGUGGCUGCUGCACAGGGAAGAGUCGGAAGAUCUGCCGCCGUUCUGGCAAGAAACUGAAGAUGGCCGAUUCGAGAAUGUACUUACCAAUCAGAUGACAGUGGAGCGGCCGCCGCCGCUGAAAGGUGGGAUUUUCGCUGAUGAUAUGGGGCUAGGCAAGACCCUCACGCUGUUGUCCUUGAUUGGGAGGACUAAAGCUCGCAAUGUGGGUGCGAAGAAGGGUAAAGGGGCAAAGAGGAGGAAGGUCGAGGAUGCAGGGGAGGGACCACGGCCGACGCUUGUGGUGUGCCCGCCCUCGGUCUUCUCAUCUUGGGUGACACAAUUGGAGGAGCACUUGGAACUAGGCAGCUUGAAAGUGUAUAUGUACCAUGGCGAGCGGACAAGAGAUAAAAAGGAGCUGCUAAAGUAUGAUCUCGUUCUUACCUCUUACAGCAUCUUGGGGACAGAAUUUGAGCAGGAGGACUCACCGGUGAACCAGAUUGAGUGGUUCCGAGUGAUUCUGGAUGAAGCCCAUGUGAUCAAGAAUUCUACUGCACGGCAGACAAAGGCUGUGAUUGCUUUGAAUGCCCAGAGGCGGUGGGUGGUCACUGGGACACCGAUUCAGAACAGCUCGGUCGAUUUAUACCCUCUCAUGGCAUUUUUGAGGUUCCAGCCAUUUUCAAUCAAGAGCUACUGGCAGAGCUUGAUCCAGCGCCCCUUAGAGAAGGGGAAUAAGACUGGAUUGUCACGGUUGCAAAACCUCCUAGGUGCCAUCUCAUUGCGCAGAAUCAAAGAUACAGACAUUGGAACCAAGAGCAUGAUUGAGCUUCCCCCUAAAACUGUUUUAGAAUGCUAUAUUGAUCUUUCUGCAGAGGAGCGUGAGAUAUAUGAUCAGAUGGAAUUGGAAGGGAAAAACAAAAUGCAGGAAUUUGGUGACAGAGAUUCAAUUUUGCGUAAUUAUUCCACUGUGCUGUAUUUCAUUCUGAGGCUCCGCCAGCUCUGUGACGAUGUUGCAUUGUGUCCUUUAGAUGUGAAAUCAUGGCUUCCCUCCAACUCCCUCGAAGAUGUGUCUACAAACCCAGAGUUGUUGAAGAAACUGGCCUCAUUGGUUGAUGAUGGAGAUGACUUUGACUGUCCAAUUUGCCUCUCUCCACCUACUAAAACUGUCAUAACCAGCUGCACUCACAUAUACUGCCAUACCUGUAUUAUGAAAAUCCUCAAGAGUUCCAGUUCCCGUUGCCCCAUAUGCCGGCGCUCCUUAUCUAAAGAGGACCUCUUCCUUGCUCCAGAGGUUAAUCAUUCUGAUGAAGAUGGAUCAGGCAACACUGGGUCUGACAGGCCCCUCUCUUCCAAGGUGCAAGUCCUACUGAAGCUGCUGAAGACUUCGCAGAACGAAGACCCCUCAUCGAAGUCUGUUGUUUUUUCUCAGUUCAAGCAGAUGUUGAUAUUGCUGGAAGCGCCCCUAAAAAAUGCGGGCUUCAACAUUCUGCGUCUUGAUGGGUCAAUGAGCAUGAGGAAGAGGCUGCAAGUCAUAAAGCAGUUCGCUCAUGGUGGCCCUGACUCUCCAACCGUGCUGCUGGCCAGCCUGAAAGCCGCGGGAGCCGGCGUGAACCUGACGGCUGCCUCGACGGUGUACCUCUUUGACCCCUGGUGGAACCCUGGGGUGGAGGAGCAGGCCAUGGACAGGGUUCACCGGAUCGGGCAGAAGAAAGAAGUGAAGGUGGUACGGCUCAUCGUGAAGGGCAGCAUCGAGGAGAGGAUACUGUUGUUGCAGGAGAAGAAGAAGCGGCUGAUCAGCAGCGCCUUCGGGAAGAAGAAGGGAGGCAAGGACGGCAAGGAGAUGCGUGUGGAAGAGCUCCGGACGAUGCUGGGCCUAGAUAUGGGAAGGCCGAUUGCUGUUUGCCGCCCUUCUGGUGCGAGCUCUAGGGAUGGAAUGUAGCUACCUGCUAGUGGGUGGAGCUGGAGCAGAGAGCAAGGAGAGGCUUGUUGGAGUGCUCCUGCCUAGCAGUGGGAGCAUCUGAUGUUAGAAGAGAGCUCCCUUUUAGUAUUUCAGUUUUUGAAGUGUAGGCACAGGGCAGGAACAAAAUCCUGCGUGGGUGCAUGCAUGUAUGACUCCUCUGAUGCUUGACAUUAGCUAUAAGAUCAAUGCUAAAAUGGACUUCUGGUUUGUGUUUUUUAA